AUGAGAUUGCAAACACAUCGAAGUUUAUUUUCAUUUAUAUUUGGUACUGCAUUUGUCAUCGUAGGAUUUGGAAUAUGGCUACUCUUGUCAUCAAAAUAUGAAAAACCUAUACCUGUAAUAGGGCCUAAUACUUGCCCAAACAGUCAGCCACAUAAACUAAACAUACAUUUGAUAUCUUAUUCUGAGAGUAACAUUGGUUGGCUUCAUGUGCAUAAUCAAACAUACUUUGCUUCUGUUAUUGAUAGUGUCAUGUUAUCAUUGACGAAGCAUCAAAAUAGAAGGUUUGUCUACGCUGAAACAUUUGUUUUAUGGGAAUGGUGGAAGCGUCAAAAUCAAACUAAAAGGGAAAUGUUACGAAAAUUAAUAAACGACGGCAGGUUUGAAAUUGUGAGUGGAGGGUGGACCAUUAAUGACGAAGCUGUUUCCUAUUACCAAUCGAUCAUAGACCAAUACACUUUAGGCUUCAGGAGAUUAAAAGAUAUGAUUGGUAAUUAUGAUGGUCCAAGGGUUGCCUGGCAAGUAAAUUCGUUUGGACAUUCUCGGGAACAAGCAUCACUAUUUUCGCAAAUGGGUUUUGAUGGAAUGUUCAUUAGUCGAGUUGAUUAUCAGUACAAAAAGGCAUGUCUCGACAAUAAAACUGCCGAGUUUAUGUGGAAAACAAGUAACAGUUUAGGCAAGUCCAACAAUUUAUUCACGUCAAUAAUAUACAACCGCUUUACACCACCACCUGGAUUUUGCUUUGACAUUCGUUGUGACGAAAGAGUACCAAUUAUAGAUGAUCCUAAAAAUUUGAAUUAUAACGUGGAUGAGAGGGUAGAGCAACUAUUAACUUAUGUCAAAAAACAAGCUUUAUCGUAUAGAACAGAUAAUAUUGUACUCACGAUGGGAGAUAAAUUACAGUACACAGAAGCUGAGUUGUGGUACAGUAAUAUGGAUAAACUAAUCAGGUUUAUCUUUAAUUAA